CCAAUUAGUGCCUUUCCAAACACCUUAUUUAAAGGCAGCCAGCACAGUGCUAUCCAUAGUCAGGCCCCUUCAGAGCAACAAGAACAAAUUGCUUGGAAUAAAUUCAAGAAGACUCAGCAAUCCAUCAGAAUGAAAUACGCUCAGUACACAUUCCUGGUGACGAUCAUCUCCAUUAUCGAUUACUCCUCGGCGCAGCCUUCGUGUGCAGUGGAAUCUUUCUCUGUGAAGGAAGACUUUGACCCCAAGAGGUAUGCAGGUAAAUGGUAUGCGCUGGCCAAGAAAGACCCAGAAGGCCUGUUUCUACAAGAUAACAUCUCAGCUGAAUAUACCAUUGAGGAGGACGGCACUAUGAUUGCAUCUUCCAAAGGCAGAGUGAAGCUUUUCGGGUUCUGGGUGAUCUGUGCUGACAUGGCCGCCCAAUACUCGGUGCCUGACCCCACCACUCCAGCAAAAAUGUUCAUGAAUUAUCAAGGCCUGGCAAGCUAUUUGUCAAGCGGAGGUGACAACUACUGGGUGAUUGACACAGACUACGACAACUAUGCCAUCACCUAUGCCUGCCGCAGUCUGAAAGAGGAUGGCUCCUGCGAUGACGGCUACUCCCUUAUUUUCUCUCGCAACCCUCGUGGUCUCCCCCCAGCCAUUCAACGCAUUGUGCGCCAGAAGCAGGAAGAAAUCUGCAUGUCUGGCCAGUUCCAGCCUGUGCUACAGUCAGGGGCCUGUUAAAUCAAGACUCCUUCAGAGUUGGAGCAGAGGCCUGAUCUCUGCAUCUUGAAGUCGUCCAUGUAGUGUUUGGAUUAGAGCUUUUCCUCAAACACAUCUAAGUGUUGGCUUGUUGUUUUUAUUUUACGGCACUUGGGUGCUACACACCUCGCUUGUCUGAACUCAAAAGAACUGUGUUAACGUUUGUCAAUAAAUGUUUUUAAGUAAUCUUUUAAA